GUCCAUCAUCGACACCCACGCCGACAUCCCGCCUCGCCCCGCCCACCACGCCUAGCGCGCACCUCCUCGGUCCCAGAUGCUCCGCAGCGCCCCCUCGCGCACCGAUCUCCCCCUGGGGUCCGGGGGAGAUAGCCCCUCCCGGGUCAGCGGCACGCCCCCGAACGCCGGCCCGGCACUGCCACGGGCGGCGCCCUCCCUUCGCCGGCGCUCCUCAUCGGACUACUCACUCCCGACAUACCAGACGGCACACGGCAUCCGCAUGGUGAAGCUGCACGACAAGCUCCGCCGGCAUGACCCGAUUUUCCACGGCCGCACCGACCGGUCCAAGAUCAUCGACGACUCCACCAACAACACCUUCUCCCUGGUGGAUGUCAUCAUGAACACCGACCUGCGCAGUGCCCUGUGCGCCUUCGCCGGGCAGGAGUUCGCCGAGGAGAACAUCAUCUUCGUGGAGACGGUCCUCAACUUCAAGCAAAAUCGCAAUAGCGCCUCCAUCUCCGGCAUCGUGCACGAUUACAUCCUGCCCGACUCGCCGAUGUCCCUCAAUCUGCCGCACAAGACCCGCAUCCAAACCCUGGCCGCCAGCCAGAAGUACCUCAUCCAGGCCGGGGCCCGCGGGUCGCGCCUCUCGGCCGCCAGCCACCCCUCCGAGUCGGCCGGGUCAUCGCACUCGUCGCUGGCCCUGCCGGCCACCGGGUCCGACUCCGGGCCCGGGUCGGGCUCCGCCUGCUCCGCAAGUGGCUGCCCGGGGGCCGGGGCCGGGGCCGGGGCCGCCGAGGACGCCCCGACGAGUGGCCCGGUCGAGCGCCUGGCCUCGCCGGCCGGGCGCCUGUCCAAGCUCUCGCCCGGGCGUCUCUUCCGUGGCGGGUCCAGCGCCGAGCCACCGGCCGCGGACCCGGGCCCCACCGCCGCCCCCGGGUCGCCCCUGGGCCCGGCCACAUCCAUGAGCUCCCUGGCGUCGGUGUCCUCGGCCGGGUCGGCCAGCACCGGCCGGCCGGCCACCCCGACCAGCGCGCGUGCCUCCAGCAUCAAGAACUUCUUCCUGGGCGGCAACCGGCCCCGGUCGACGUCGGUGUCCUCGUCGCGGUCCACCGAGUGCGAAGACCUGGCGGCCCUCAGCCACGCGGACAUGGCCCUGUCGGCGGCCGAGAGCGCCGGGGCCUUUGUGCCGGAUGGCUGGACCGGCUCCGGCACCCAGUGGUUCGACGCCGCCAAUGGGCCGUCGCCCGUGCCCGGGGCCGCUCCGCACCGGCUGUCCCCCCUGCCGGUGGGGUACUCCGCGUCGGUGGCCGACCUCGGCGGCGGCGGCGGCGGCGGCGGCGGCAGCAGCAGCAGCAGCGCCUCCCCCCACCACCCGCAGCAGGGCCACUACCACCACCACCACCACCACCAGCAUGGCCAGCCGAUCGAGCAGUCGCACUCCUGCCCCGGGUUGCUGACGCUGCCGGCACGCCCGAGCCCCGGGCUGGCGCCCAUGAACGCCUGCCCGGCGGCCGGGCCCGGCAGCUGCCACUCUCGCACCGGGGCCUGGUUCGGCGGCUCGGCCGGGGAGUACUUCACGCCAGAGGGCGGCUGGUCGCCCGGGGCGCCGGCCUCGCCCACCUCCCUGCCGGGCGACUGCUACCCGGUGUCCAGCUGCUCCGGGCACCUGUACGACACGGCGUCCCUCUCGUCGACCAGUCGAUCGCCCGGCGGCAGCCCGACCCCCCCGCCGGGCGGCGCGCUGGAUAGGGCCGCCGCCGUCGCCGCCGCCGCCGCCGCCGCCGCGGCCGACGGCAUCACCGACCGGUGGACGCAGUCCCUGACCAGCCUGAUCGGCGGGCAGGACCUGCUGCUGGACGGCCCGGGGCCCGGGUCGGCCUCGGCCGGCAGCCUGACCACCAGCACGGACCUGCAGCUGGCCGGCGCCGGGCACCACCCGCGGGAAGACUCGUCCGACCGUGAGGAGGAGCUGCGCGUCUUCGACGCCGCCCUCGAUGAGGUCCUCCGCCUGAUCGAGGUGUCCAUCUACCCGCGCUUCUUGAAGAUGUACCUCGACUCGCCGUACCACAUUUCGCCCACCCUGCCGGAGGGCGUGCGCCGGGUGGUCGUCGUCGGGGGCGGCAUGGUGGGCGCCUAUGCGGCCAUGGUGCUGGACCAGAUGCCGCGCUUCCACGUGACGCUGAUCGACAACAAGAACUACUUCGAGUUCACGCCCGGCAUCGCGCAGGCCUGGGGCGACCCGGCCACGGCCGAGCGCUUCCGCUUCCCCCACUCGCGGUACAUCCACCGGGGCCGGGUGGUGCAGGGGUACUGCUGCGAGGUGCAGCGCGGCGCGGUGCGCGUCAACAAUGCCGACGUGCCGUAUGACUACCUGAUCCUCGGGUGCGGGUCCCUGCACAACACCCCGAUCAAGAGCGACAACAGCACCAUCGCCUUCCGGCUGAAGAAGCUGGCCAGCGAGGGCCGGGACAUCACCGAGGCCGGGUCGCUGGUGAUCAUCGGCGGCGGGGCGGUCGGCGUGCAGCUGGCCUGCGACUUUGCCGAGCGCUUCCCGGACAAGCGCAUCACGCUGGUCUCCUCGAGCCACUGCCUGCUGAAGCGCCUGCCGCGCAAGGCGCACCAGAUCGCCUCGCGCAACCUCGAGCGCCUCGGGGUCAGCGUGCUGCUGGGCCAGCGCGUGGUCGGGGUCGAUGUCGAUGGGACGGUUCUCCAGACGGCCGACGGCCUGCUGCUGCCCUGCGACAAGUACAUCGUGGCCGUGGGCAUGGUGCCGCAGACGCAGUUCCUCCGCCGGUCCAUGCCGGAGAUCCUGGACGAUGCGGGCUUCAUCCGGGUGCAGGCCACCCUGCAGGUGGAGGGCCACCAGCAGAUCUUCAGCGGCGGCGACGCGUGCAACCUCACCUGCGAGAAGCUGGCCCUGACGGCCGCCUCGCAUGGGGUCACCAUCGCGCGGAAUAUCUGCCGCCUGGAGAAGCACAAGCCGCCGGUGCGGCUGGGCGAGCGCGGCGCCGCCGCCUCCCCGGACCGGCCCAUCUCCCAAAUCGUGUCCCUGGGCCAGAACAAUGCGGUGAUCGCCCUGCGCGGGGCCUCGGCCGCCGAGGGCCGCAAGUACCUGCGCGCCAAGCGCGACCGCGAGUCCUCCAUCCUGUCCAUGCUGGUCGACCAGUCCCUGGCCAAGUCCAGCCUGGGCCGGGUGCCGCGGGUGCUCUCGCGCGAUGACUGA